CAGGUUUUUCAACAUGAACUUUGUGAGAUUGAUAGUGUUUUGCUGUCUUUUUACUUGUGUAUAUGGGAUUGAACCAUUUUCAGCCAUCGGAGCUCUUGGGACUGCAGUGGUUGCGGGAGUCUGGACGGUUUUCACGCCAAUUAAGUGUCACUUUAAAGAAUGCUGCACAUCAAAAUGGAUCAAUCUCAACACUACAGCUCUACGAGAAGAUCUUCAGAGUCGACUUUUUGGGCAACAUCUAGUGAUUGAUAUCAUCAUCAAGCAUCUUAAAGCACACAUGACAAAGGACCCAUCGAAAGCACUUACCCUCUCCUUCCAUGGGGGGACAGGAACAGGAAAGAAUUAUGUCAGUAAAAUCAUUGCAGAAAGCAUUUUCAAGAUGGGUAUGAGGAGUAAAUAUGUCCACUUGAUAUCAGCUACUAAAGAAUUUCCACAUAAAGACAUGGUUCCUCUUUACAAGGAUAAAUUGCGAGAAUUGGUAGAGAGCAGUGUAAAAGAGUGUCCCCAGUCUCUGUUUAUCUUUGAUGAAAUUGACAAAAUGCCACCUGGGAUAAUUGACACUUUAAAGCCAUACUUGGAUUAUUAUGAACAGCUUUCUGGCACAGAUUACAGAAAAUCUAUGUUUCUUUUUCUCAGCAACACAGCAGGAGAAGAAAUAUCAAAACAUACCUUAAGCAGAUGGAAUUCCAGAGAAGACAUUGGACUCAAGGACAUGGAAGAAAUUAUCAGCAGGGCAACAGUCAACACCAAAUCAAGUGGUAUGUACCUAUGUGACCUUAUAAUUAAGCACCUGAUCACAGCUUAUGUACCGUUUCUCCCGCUGGAGAGGAAACAUGUCAGAGAAUGUAUCAAAGACUUCCUAGUGGCCAAAAAUUAUUACAAACGAGACAAGAUACCAGAUGAAAUAGUAUAUAAGAUCUCAAAACAACUGAGUUAUUAUCCAGCUGAUUUGGAAGUUUUUUCUGUGACAGGAUGUAAAAGAGUUCCAGAAAAGGUUGAUUACAUGAUGAGCGAUUUAGAGGACUGAGGGGUUCCGAAUGUUCAAGAUAUGGAUGUGUGUGCAUAUUGUAAAUACAAGUUAAGUGUGGUGAUUGAAAGUAAGAGUACAGUUGUGUAUUUAUUUCUGCCCUGGAAAUACAUUAAUACCAUAUUGCUGCUACUGACUAGCAUUAAACAUUGGAGAUGUUUAGAGUAGCUACGAAGAGUGUGUAAAAUAGGAAUGGACACUCCAUCAACAUUUUGUAACUGGUUAAUCGCUGUUUAAUACCUGGUAUUGUAAAAUAUUUGAUUGUGUAAAUAAUUAUCUACCAACAAAUUUAAAUGAAAUAGUGUGAAAAAAAUGGUGCUAUUAAUACCUAGUUAUACAUUUGUAGUAUUGUAGGGAAAAUACAUGUACUAUUAAGUGUAAAUAUUUAUCUUUAGCUGGUUUUUCACUUUGUACAUGUAUUGAUUCUUGUGUUAAUGUUUAAUUGUUUGAAUCUGACAAUUUUGUUCUGAUGUACAAUUCUAAAGAAUGUCAUCGGCAUGCAUAUUAUUAUUUCAUAGUUAUCAUAUCAUUUCUCUAUGACUUAUCCAGUUUAUAUGUUACAGACUACUUUCAUUUUCCAACAAUAAUGAAUACAGGAUGGGAGUGUAUAUUAUGGUGUGUGUAUUUAUGUAUACAUCCUAAAGCUAGCUUUAUGUAAUAUAUAGUAAAAUAACAAAACAUUUAUUGCUCUGUGGAAAAUGUGUUUUGUCAACUAUAAACCAAACAGUUUGAUUCUGAUGAAAUGUAUGUUGCCCUCAAACAUAGGGUAAAGAAAGAUUUCUUUGUGCCAAAGAAUUAUAGUCAUAUCACAGUGUUUUUUUUUUCCUAUUUGAUUGCAUUGUAUUUUAGAUUAAAACAAAAAUUGAAGACAAAUGUGUGUGGAAUAUUAAAAAAAUGUACCACAAUGCAA